CUGUAAUAUACUUGUCGUCUGUUUACCUCCCUUUUCCAUUCUUACCCUCUUACCGGAAAGUUAAAUUCAUGAGAUUCUUUCGAAUCUGUGAUCAAACUUAUAUCGGAAGAAACAAGGUGCGAGGAGGCUAAGAACCACAUGGAUUUACUUACAUCACUGUGUUUGACUGCAAUUUCAUAAAGGAUUCAAUGGGUAACUAACUCCACUCGUUUCUUUAUUCUCUCUUGAUCUGUACACCAUUCUUCUUACAAUUAACACUUCACUAUCCAUUAAUGCCCACAACCUGUUUGUUCUUUUUCCCCUUCAUUGAAUUGACAAUGAUAAGUAGCUUUUUUGGUUCUUUUUAAAUCCGAUGGGUUUCAAGAAGUUGGGUUUUCCCAUAGCUCGAUUUGGUCGACAAUCGAAAAAGUCGUAUGGGUUCUUCAUAAAGUUCGCAUCAGUGACAAUCUUGGGGUUAUGUUUCGUGUUUGUUUGGUAUAUAUUUUCUUCUUCAGCUUCUUCUGUCACAUAUCAAAGAAGCACUUUUGGUGAAAUCGCUGAACCCGUCUCCGAAAGAGGGCAAAUAAAAAAGAGCAAAUCUUCCAUUCUAAUCAAGAAUGAACCCGAUUUGAAUUCAGGAAAAGCGGAGGAGAAGAAACGGGUUAACGAAUCAUCAAGAUUAGAUCCCGUUGUACCCAAAAACCAUAAGAAAGAAGAAAAAAGUGUCGAGAUUGUUAAAGUGUCUAAGAAAGAUGAGAAACAAGAAGAUGAAAACGGAUCUGAAGUUGCAGAGUCAGAGUCAGAGACUGAAAACGAGAAAGAAGACGAAGUGGAAGAAGGGGAACACUCAGUGGAUGGUGAUUCAGUGGUUGAUGUGGAUCAAUUAGAUGAAAACGAUGAAGUAAAGGCUGAACAUGGAAAAAAGAAGAAGUUUAAAGGUCCAUUAUUUGAUCCAAAAGCCGAAUAUAAUUGGAAAUUAUGUAGUACAAGGAGUAAACAUAACUACAUUCCAUGUAUUGACAUUGAAGUCACCUCAAAACGAAUUCAAAUGUAUAGACAUCAUGAGAGAAGUUGUCCAAAAAACCCCUUAAUGUGUCUUGUUCCACUUCCACACGAAGGAUAUCAAACACCAGUUAUCUGGCCAGAAAGUAAACUGAAGAUAUGGUUGAAGAAUGUUGCACAUCCAAAAUUAGCUCAAUUUAUUAAAACACAAAGUUGGGUGGUGGAAUCUGGUGAUUAUCUAACUUUCCCACAAAACCAAUCUGAACUCACUGGUGGAAUUGCUCAUUAUCUUGAAUCUAUUCAAGAAACAGUACCAGAUAUUGAAUGGGGGAAAAACAUUCGCACAAUAUUGGACAUUGGAUCUCAAUUAGCACUUGAACGUGGUUUUCCUGCCAUUAUUACCCCUUUUGGAACUCGAAGGCUUCCUUUUCCUAGUGGCACUUUUGAUACAAUACAUUGUGGAGAAUGUCAAAUUCAUUGGCAAUCUAAUGGUGGUAAGCUUCUUAUGGAGAUGAAUAGAAUCUUGAGACCUUCAGGGUACUUGAUUUUGUCUAGUAAACAUGAUAGUAUUGAAGAUGAUGAAGCUAUGUCAAAGUUGACCGCAUCAAUUGGUUGGAACAUAUUGGCUCAUAAAACCGAUGAUGUCAGCGACAUUGGUGUUAGAAUAUACCAAAAACCCGAAUCAAAUGAAAUCUAUUCAUUAAGAAGAAAGAAAAUUCCUCCUAUGUGUAAAGACAAUGAGAAUGCAGAUGCUACUUGGUAUGUUCCUAUAAAUUCAUGCUUGCAUCCAAUUCCUUCUGCCAUUGAAGAAAGAGGAACUGAAUGGCCUGAAGAAUGGCCCAAAAGGCUUCAGACAUUCCCUGAUUGGAUGAACAAUAGAGAGAAGUUGGAUUCCGACUCUCAACAUUGGAAAGCAAUUGUUGACAAGUCUUACAUAACCGGAAUGGGAAUCAACUGGUCAACUAUUCGGAAUGUAAUGGACAUGCAUUCUGUUUUCGGAAGUUUUGCAGCUGCUCUUGUGGAACAUGAUGUUUGGGUGAUGAAUGUGGUGCCUGUGUAUGCACCUGAUACACUUCCCAUAAUAUUUGAACGUGGACUUGUUGGAAUCUAUCAUGAUUGGUGUGAAUCUUUUGCUACUUAUCCAAGAUCAUAUGACCUUUUACAUGCUGAUCAUCUCUUCUCCAGGCUUAAAAACAGGUGUAGGCAAACGGUAAGUAUAGUUGUUGAGAUGGAUAGGAUAUUAAGACCUGGUGGUUGGGCAAUCAUACGUGACAAGGCACAAAUACUAAAAUCAUUAGAGAAAAUAUAUAAAAGUUUACAUUGGGAGAUACGAAUGACAUUUGUUCAGGAAAAAGAGGGCAUUUUAUGCGUUCAAAAGACCAUGUGGCGACCUUGAAAUAUCAAAAUUUGAUAUUUCAGAUGAUUUGUUUGUAGAUUAUAUAUAGUAGCAACUUUACUUGUUUGUUGAUUUUGAGCGGAUUUGUGAUUGUUGAGUCUAAAUAGUGAUAGGAUGAUAGUUUGGGGGUCGAUUGUGGCGAGUGUAAAUCUUUGAGGGGUGUUUUUUGGAAUUUACAUAAUUGAAUACUUGAACACCUCAAGGGCCAGGGGUGUUUAUGAAAUCUUGGUUAUUUGAGAGGAACCAUGUCUUGUUUUUUGUUUUUUUAUUAAAAAACUUGAUCCGGACAGUUAUAUA